CGCGAACUCAACUGAUCGCAGUGCAUCGUAGCCCGCAGUCGGGCCGUGUAGUCCCGGAUGUCAAUAGACCAUAUUUUAUUCUGAUUACGUUUCAUGUGAAGUGUUUUUCAUUUGUUUUUCCACUGGUACCAGAUUUUCAAUUCGUUAUUUUUUUUCUCAAAUUAUAUUUUGGUGUAAUUGAAAUAUAAGGACUUACGUGCAUGCAAAUGUUAUCGUCUCUUCUCCGUUAUGAAGGAACACCGAACUAAAGGACUUAGGGUCACAACUACUGAAAGCAUAAUUAGUAACAAAAAUGACACUAUGACCGAGGGUGCCGAAGGUUGCAGCGACGAUCCGCUGGCUUCAUUACAGUUAGACGUCGCUUCCGGUGGUCCGUCGUCAGAAAGCCAACAGCCCGAGAGUCAGGCGGAAGUGUCUACAUUGUGUAUAUCGUCGGCGGACAAUGAUAUCGACAAAAUAAUCGCCGGCGAAUGGCAUGGAGGAGAAUGCAAAACAGGUUGUUGCAGCAGGUGUGCGUUCAGAGAAUGGAGGCUGGUCGGUGAUAAGUUGCAGUUAUUCUGUUUCAAAGACUACGAUGCGUUGAUAGCAACUCGUCCAGCGAUAGCUAACAUACAGUUUUGCUUCCGGUUCAAGUCCAGUCCGAAAUGUUUGAAGCAUCCGAAUGUGCCGAACGCCAAUUGUUUCAUAUUUUUCGACAUCGUCUCGGGUGAUAUCCACAAAAAUUGGAUGCAAGUGGUGCGCCGGUUGAAAGAAACGUCGGCCAAUGCAACGGUCGCACAGCUGCGUCGUUGGUCGCGGGCCGUGGACGAAAACGGCAACACUGCUUUAAUAUUGGGUGCCAAGCGGCUAAUGAACUGCGGAUUGUUUAAACGCGCGUAUCAGUUCGCAGUGAUGAUGCUGAAAUUCGGUAGUGACGUGAACUGGUUGAACAACGGUGGACGCUCGUUAAUUACAUACACCGUCCAUUACAUGGAUCAGGCGAUAGAUAUCACUAGGCUCUUAUUGAACUGUGGAGCAACCGUAUGGCUUGAAGAUUGCAAUUCUGAAGCUAGACUGCACUACGUGAAACUACUAAAGGAAUACCGCACAAAAACGGAGACGACACUGCAAAGAUGUCUGACCGAUGACCCGAUCGAGAGUCCGCUGGACAGCAUAUUCACUUGGUUCCUACGUUCCGUCAUGAUCAGAAGGCGCAUGGACGACAGUUGCCUGCGUACAUUGUCACUACUCUCACAGUCGAUGGGCGAGGACCCGACCAGGAUGCACUCGCACGUCAUGCGCACCAUGUUCAGUCACGCUCAGUGUUACAAUAUAUUCGGACCGGUGUUCUUCCAGAUAAAAAAGGCCCUGGCACCCCAGUGGGUGCAACCGCACUCUCUGCAGCAGCUGUGCCGCAAGUCCAUACGGCGGUCGCUGUUCCGCGGCCGCCACGGUAACGCGCACCCCGACACGGUGGCCGAGCUGAACCUGCCCAAGCCCCUGGAGUCUUACGUCUCCUACCACGACUGAACCACUGCCCAUCAUCAUCUCUCCCGCGACCCGCACCCGACCCCCUUACCCAUCAUCGUCAACAGUCAUCAACGGAUAUACCCACACGUCUUCCACGCUGCAUAACAUAAAUACAAUAUUACCUCCCUCCCUCGCUUCCAAUCAUCACGAAAAUUUAAAUUAAAAGUAUAAUAAGUUUACGAAAUUGUAUUAUAAUGGAAUUGCAGUUUGGAUACAAUGAUUGAAAACAUUUAAAUAUAUUUUUUUUAAAGUUACAAAAUAUUCAAAUAAAAAUUCCAACUGGGAACUAAUUUGGAUACAACUCACCCAAAAUUCUUCCCUCCGUUCUCCCACGAAAUACCAAUUAUCACCGAUUCCUUCUACAACCUUAAUUAUGCAUGUGCGUGUAUCCUAUAUUAUAAAUAAUAAUGUUUAUAUAAUAUAUACUAAAUUAAUUGCCAAGACUCUCAAUUGGAAAUGUUCAUUAUACAGUUAAUAAAUAUUAUGUGAUCAGACGCCGCCGGUGUGUCUACAUAUUAUCAUGCCAGUUAAUUUCGUUUGGUCAAUAAUACCUAAGUCGAUAAGUCCGCGCGUGGCUCUUGUUGUUUAUAUUAUAGAAUACACCCAGCUUUUCGACAAAGUUAUAUCAUUAUCGACUUACUCUUUUUAACUUAUAUAUUAUAUAAAUUGUUUUAUAUUGCGUAACUCCACAACAAUAAUAAUCAUACAGCCGUUGCCUUGUCUUAUAUAAUUUUAUCGAGUGUGUGCAAGACAUUUUGUGUAUUACCUAAUAAAGCUAUAAGUAGUAAGGUAGUCAAUUAUUUUCUUCAGCCGAUGAAAAUCGAUAAAAUAUUGAUUGGUCACUAUAUAUAUAUUGUGAUAUAGAGCGGUAAAGUUCGAUAUUACUCGCGAUCGGGUUGCAAAAAACCGUUGUUCUUGCCUCUUUCCGACAACAUAAUAAAUAUAGGGAAAUAAUUUCAUACUAUUGA